AUGACAUCCCUCUACCUUUCUCACGAACCUCCCACUGAAACUACAUUCUCCACAAAGAGAAUCUAUACUGACUACCCCACAAUCCGUUCGGACGAAUCGCACUUCGACUUCUCAGAUGUAACCCUUUCGCAAACGUUAGCCUUGAUCAAGUAUAUAGGGCUGUGUGGAUACACGGAAUUCGAUAUGGUCCACAUUGUGAUUGCCAGAUUGAGAAAUGCUAUCGUGAUUCUGCUUAAGCGUUGUGUGAGAGCCAACCGUGAAGAGUACUCGGAGUUCAUAUAUGCUCUCCAGAAGAAUUCUGAUAUGGUUAUGGAGAAGUUGGUGGUUAGGUGCAUUAAUGAGUGCUGUCAACAGGUGGAGCUGAGCACUUGUCACUUGGUGAUCAAGGAGGUGUACAGUUUGGUGGCUCUCAUCUACUCUCUUACCAAUCCAAUCAAUCUUCCUCGCAUCUUGACUGAAGAUUAUGGCCUCCCGGCUCAACAUGGGUUGAGUGUCUCAAGUAUCCAAACCAAUUAUCUACUUGAGGCACUUCAUGACUUCCGAAAUGCUCUCAAUGUCUACUAUGGGACGCUUGAGGGGGAUCGAACUGACGACACUUCCGUUAACUUGACUCCCUUGAAGCUCUAUACGUCGAUGAUGCUCUACACUUUAGAGAAAACGUCUCAAACCAUCACUACACUUACAUCAAAUGCUGUUCCAACAAAUGUUCUCUUCCUCUACUUCAAAACGCUUUUGCAGGGUCACAACGUUCUAAUCACAGACAUCGAGCACUUUGAGAACUUCGUCUGUCAUUUCAGAGACGUCGACCAGCUAGCGUUGAAACUCAAAUAUACUCCACUCUAUGACUUUCAGAAAAGUCUCAUCAAGCCCACAUUUCUCCUGAUCAUUUCCGAAUUUCCUCUACAUCCACUUACGUGGUGCACCCCGGCUCAAUCCGUCAAUUACAUCCAGAUGUUUGUAGACGUCUUUAACGGAAUCUACGACGAGAAUUUGUACAUCGAACAGAUUUGGGAUAAUUCUUCAAAAAGAGAGACAACUGUAAUUCGGAAAAAGGGAACAAACGAUAGAAUGGAUGCUGGCCCCUAUAUGCUACCGAUUGGAAACUUAGAGCCUUUGCCAGUACCUGAUUUCGUUAAAGUAUUUGAUGGUCUAGAUAUGAGCACAGCCGAGUCACCCGAAAACUUGGUGUUUUCUCCACGAAUUGGGAGUUCUGAUGAUCCAUUGGUUUCAGAUUCACCAGGGGAUAGUCCAGAGUUGAAGAUAGGCAGUAGUCACAUGCAUCAAGAUUAUCACAUAUUGAAAUCCUCUGAAAAUCAUCGAGACUGCCAAGUGUCAGAAUCCACAACAAAUCGGCAACCUUACCAACACCAUAAUAUUCAAGAUAUUCAAAACUCCCACGUCUACUCCCGCAGCCAUGUCCCCACAGAUAAAGAGUAUCUCCAGGUGUACCAACUCAAUGAACUCGUUGCACUCGACGUCAAAGAUGCCAGAGCUGAACUGGAGAAAAAGCUCCGUAAUCGAGUCUUUUUGCGUGAUUCAUCUUGCUUCAAGUGCAAAUACGUGCCAUGGCACAAGCAUAAGUUCUAG